AUCUCGUGUUGUAUAAGCGGUAUCAAGACGAGUUGGACUUUGAUAGCUUCUUAAAUCGAUCUAAAAUAAAAAAGAAAAGAACAAGAGAGAGAGCUCUUUCAUCCUUUCUUUUUGUCUUACGAUAACGCGCCUAAACACUUGGCCCCUGGCUAUUACUACUUAUUUAUUCAUUGCGAAUAAACAGAAUGUUUUUAAAAAUAAACCUCCCUUGAUGCGAUACGAUACGAUACGAUACAUUGUUGAGGUAAGCAAGCAAGAAAUAACAAGAGGAAGAGAGGGAGAGAGAUAGAAAUAGAAAGAGAAACAGAGAGAGAGAGAGAGAGAGAGAGAGAGAGUUUCAAAGAAAACACAUUUAACCUUUCCCAUCGAACAAAUACUUAUUUGUAACCGAAUCGCGUUAGACAAUCGUUAUCCAUCGAUCCGAUCGUUUCACAGUGGAAUAUAUUCAGAGAAUGAGCACAAAAUCAGAAAGGCAUAUUGAUCUCGUGGAUCGCGUAACAUGCAGUUGGAUUGUAAAUUUUAUAUUAAACCUUAAAACUCAAGAAGAAAUAGCAAAGGAUAUUGCCGAUGGUAUUCUCGAUUUCAAAGAAGUCGAAGAAAUGUUCCCAUGGAGAUAUGUAGAGAAAUUACGUCAAGGCUCCAAUCUCGAAUCCACGCUGAACUUUUUGAACCGGUUCGCACAAAUAUCUGAAGAUCGAUUGAAAAUGAUUCUCGACCAUUAUUUGCGUCAAAAGAGUCGAAAUGAUAUAAUCAAAUUGAUCCAGGAUAACGCUCUUAAACUCGACAAACUCAAAGUAUCCUACCUUUGGAAAUAUAUAAUGGAAAAGGAUGAAAAUAUCGAUUCGGAGCCGUCAACGAGCAGUUCGUUCAAAAAUCCUAAUGAAGAGAUAAUCGCUGAGAGGAAAGAAUCGUCAAACGUGGAAAAGAAGAGCAAAGAGAUGAUGAAGAAAGGCGAUAAUUCCGAGACGUCAUCGAUCAUUGUGUUGAGAAAUCCUUCUAAUGAACAAAUUCUCAUUGAGAAAAAAGGAUCGCCAAGCGUGGGGGUGAAGAGAAAACAGAUGACCACGAAAAGUGAUAAUUCCGAGACGUCAUCGAGCAGUUUAUUGAUAAGUCCUGAUGAACAAAUCUUCGAUGAGAGUAAAGAAUUGUCAAACGUGGAGACGAAAAGAAAACGGAUAAUGAAAAAAGACGAUAAUUCUGAGCCGUCAUCGAGCAGUUUGUUGAUAAUUUCUGAUAAACAAAUCGUCGAUGAGAUGAAAGAAUCGCCAAGCGUAAAAACGAAGAAGGAACAGAUGGCGAAGAAAGGCAAUAAGAAAGAAACGAAGAAAGAGACAAAGAAAGGCGAAAAGAAAGAGACAAAGAAAGGCGAAAAGAAAGAGACGAAGAAAGGCGAAAAGAAAGAGACGAAGAAAAGCGAUAAGGAAGAGACGAAGAAAAGCGAUAAGGAAGAGACAGAGAAGAAAGUAGAAAAGGUGAAGAAAGUUCGUAUUGCAAGGAAGAAAAUGACAGGCGACAAGUUGAAAGAUGUGAAAGCAGCGGCUGGUAACGUUGAUAAUGGAAAUAAAGUCGAAGAAGCGAUUGAAAAGAACAUCUCGGUGGAAGGGAAUCACGGAAACGUUGAAAAAGCUUCGACCGAACCCGGUGUAUCUACCGGUGAAGGAUCACAUCAGAAAGGAUUAGAGGAAUUAUCGGUGGCUUGUCAAGAAGAUAGCUCGAAGUACGUAGAAAGUACGAUCGAUGCUGAAAAGAAAAUUAUCAAGAAACUCGACAAGGAAGAUAUAAAGGCGAGUACGGAAAAAAUAAAUGAACGUGUGUCGAAAGAAAUGAAUUUUCCUAUUGAUAGUACCUCCUCGAAGAACGAAAAAGAACGUGUCGAAACGAGGAACAACGACGGGUCCGAGGAGUCAUCGCAAAAAUCUCGGUCAAACGAGAAUGUAAAUGUUUCCUCUUUAAUUAAGGAAAAGCAAGAAUUCAGCUGUAAUCAGGAGAGUCGUAACGUUCAAGAAUACGAUCUCAAUAUCCAGCUCGAUUCGAGCACUCCAAAGAAAUUGGAUAACGACGACGAUAAGAUUCAAAUAAAAAAAGAACCCAAGGAAGAGUCUCUCCUUCAUGUAAUUUAUUAUCCCAUUGAUAAAUAUAAAGAUAAGGAUGUAGAUCCAGAAAAGAAAUUGAAUAAACAGUUGCAAGUAAUAAAUGAUGAAGAAGUUUCAAAUUCGACAGAUUCAGUAAAAUCGGUAAUCGUAAAGCCGAGAAAAAUUACUAAAUUUCCCGAGAUCGGUGAGCCCGGUCCUGCGACGGAAAAAGCUAAAGAAACAGUUAAAAAAUCAAAAUGUAAAAAACAUGCCGACAAAUCGUUGGAGCAACAAAGAAAACACAAAUGUAAGCAAAUCAAGAAGAAAGAGAUAAUGAAACGUGAAAUAAAAAUUAGAAAUACCUUAGAACAAUUAAAAGGUCAAAUAGAUAGGCUGAUAAAAGAUAUAAAAUAUCUCGGAGAAAAUGAAUCUUCCUCUUCUUCUAUCGAUGACAAUUCCGAAAAGGAUUCAUUGAGCUCCUCUUACAACUACAUUUCCGGAGGGGAGGCAUCCAGCAGCGAUUACGAUUGCUCUUACGAAGAAUCAUUGUACAGUUUAUUCUCGAGUGAUAGUGAAAAAUCUUUCGAGAAUUGUUCCUAUAUAUCCCCCAUGUCAUCACAAUCUGAAUCUUCAGAGAGCACCACAGACACGGAGUACACAAUUUGCACCAGUUCAAAUCAAAACGAUUCUACGAAUAAUUAUACGAGCUACGAUUUUUAAUCCUUUCGAAUGCUCUUAUGAAAAUUAAUCUAAAAAUAUACAAUCAUUUUUACUUGGAUUUUUAAUAACAGUGACAUACGAUAUAUUUAUGCUCGCGUUAAAUGUCUUAUCCUAUUGCUAUUAUAUAUAUAUAUAUGUACAAAUAAUGAAUUUUUAGCUUUGAAUGAUUAGAUUAUUCUCAAAGUUACUGUAAGUUCCUGUUAGUAUAUAAUUUAUUUAUUCCGUAAUUUAUUUUAAUUUGUGAUAAUUAUCACGGUUUGUAAAUGAAUGAAUUUUAUAUCUGUUAUUCUGCGAAACGUUCUUCAAACAUGUAAUAUGAUCGUCUUAAAUUUCUAUGAA